AUGUCAAGCAAUUCCAUCAGUACCAGUGAAGAAGAUGCGCUCAUCGAGCAAAGUAUCGAUGUAACCUAUUUAUAUGCAUCAUUGCUUGUGAAUUUUGUAUGGCGCCGAAGCCUGACGAGCGCAACAGCAUUAUACAUUGCACUGCAUACUGUUAUGGUUUGCUAUGUUACUGUACAACUGGUAAAUCCAUUUGUCCCUGGUGGUUGCAAAAUGACUUAUGCUAUGGCAAUGUGGCUCUAUUGCCUCGAAAUUACCCUGUAUAUGAUUAUUGGAAGUGUUGUACUGAUCUUAUACUGUCCUUUAAUUGUCACAAUCAUGUAUGAAACUGUGAAAACAACAUAUACAUCAAAUUCUGCUGGGUGUUUUGUCUACCAAAAUAUGUCAACGAUGGUGACUGGUAGUCGGAUCUGCAUUGUCACUGCAGAUCUGCUUGUACUAGGGACUUGGUUUGCUACAUAUCAAGUGAAGAGAAUGGCCAAUCUAGCAAAGAUGAAAGUGUCAAUUGUGACACUCUUGUUACGAGAUGGAAAGUAUGACUAUAUAACGCACAAGGAGUCUUCAUAUUUAAAGUCUUAUCCACAGGAACCUUAUAUUGGAGCUAAAUAUCACAGUGCCGCAUUGGUACUUAACGUCACACAUAUUGCCUUGCUUCUCACCGGUGCAUUCGAUAAUGGGGGUGCAUUUGUUGAUGUGUUGACUACUAUCCUGCUAUCAAGACUCUUUCUCAAUCUUCGACAAGUGUAUUCAAGUGAUGCGACUGCUUCAGAAACCCAGGUGCAAGAUUCCUCUGUGCGCUUUGUCUCACGGGUCAUAGGGCCCCUCGGGGCACCUCUUGAUUUUGGAUCCUUCGAGACACAAUCCGAGGUGCAUCGUGACUCGGAAGAAGUGGAGGGAAUACACAUUCCCGAGAUUGAGGAGAACCCGCGGUUUGUACCCGAGCCAUUUGCAGACGGAAUCGAGAAGUAA